AAGUGCCCAUUCGACGUCGUCCAAAACGAUCGACGAAUUUGGCGAACAGCUUGUUUUCUUCCUCAACGUCUGUAGAUCUCGCCAAGAACUCCCCGCUUCCAUGAAAUUCUUCUUUUCAUUUUCCUUUCUCCGAUCCGUUUCCAUGCCUUCCGGGACCAAUUUAGAGGUUUCCAGGUAUGUCUGACAACGAGUGGGUGUUUGUGAUCGAUUGUCCAAUUUCAGUUCUUCAUAAACAGUUUCAGAACUGAAAUGUGGAGUUUUGUGCCCAAUACCAAUUCUACGAAAUCAACCAUGGCUAGUCUUGAUUGUUCCGAUGAUGAGGUUUCUUCCUGCUCCAGCAAAGAAGAAGGUUUUGAGUGUCCAAUUUGCUGGGAAUCAUUUAAUAUUGUUGAGAAUGUGCCUUAUGUCCUGUGGUGUGGGCACACACUCUGCAAAACUUGCAUCCUGGGUCUUAAAUGGGCUAUCGUCAAGUUCCCCAACACACCAAUUCAGCUACCUUUCAUGAUCUCCUGUCCAUGGUGCAAUUUCUUGUCCUUACGGUUUAUGUACAAGGGCAACCUUGCAUUUCCCCGCAAAAACUACUUCCUCCUUUGGAUGGUUGAGAGAAUGAAUGGUGACAGGCGAACAUCGACCAUCAUCAAUCACGCAGAACAUGAUUCUCUCUUGCAGUCAGCUGGCAACCUUGCAAGAUCUAGUCAUGGUUCCUACCACCGGAGCCUCCAACGAACACAAUCACCCAUUGGAGAAAACACACACCACAGGCAAACUUCUUCAGGCCCUCCCUCUGGUAACUACUUCAACAUACAGACAAUACAUGCUGCGCUACGCAAGGCUGUGGAUCUCUUCAUACGAGUAACCGCCAAGUUUCCGCUGGUGAUUGUCUUCCUUCUCAUUGUAGUGUAUGUUAUCCCUGCAAGCGCUGCCAUUCUAGUGGUUUUUAUCAUAAUCACUAUCCUGUUUGCAUUGCCGUCCUUUCUAAUGAUAUACUUUGCCUACCCUGUCUUAGACUGGCUCGUCAGAGAAAUUCUUGCAUGAUAUAUACAUCAAAGAUGUGUUCUUGACAUUUGGUUUUCGAGUGAUGUACUGGUCUGCAUCAUUGCAGUAUUUGAUGUGUUUCUAAAACUGCAAAAAUCUUUUACCCUAGGUAAUUGAAGGGAUUCAGGCGGUUUGCUCUAGCAUUGUUCUUGACUGAAUAGGGAUUUCUUACUAUAUGGCCUUGUUUCCAUUCCUUGUACAUGGAUAUUCAGUCUUAAUGCAUUCAAUCUCUUAAUGUAUUAUUAAUCAGUUUUUUUUCCUUCUC